GUUUCAUCGGCUUUUUUCUUUUUCUUUUUCUUCUCCGGUCAAGAAGGUCGAUCACGUCGAGCAAUGUCGGCCUUGGGUCGCCGCCAGCAGGCCUACGCCGGCUUUGGACGGGCGUUACGAAAAUGGAUCGGUAGGGAUAUGUCAGCGACAUCGAGAGGCAUGGUCUCGCUACCAGUGGCCUCUUCCUCGAGGAUGCGUUUGGAUUCCAAGCGUCUGGGCAUGUACACCAUCCUCUCGCCCUCCUGGUCGGCCAAUUCUGCCACCGGCAAUGACGCCGACGAGGUCCUCGGAAGACUCGAUACAGCUCUAAGAACGGAACGACAACAACUAGCAGCAAGUCAAGAACCACACAGCCAAGAGCGUUGCGAUAGCAUGAUCAAGACACUCGUCCGACAGGGCUUUGUCCUCAAGGCCAUGCGUCACUUCUAUGUGCAAGCCAUUCGAGCAAGAGAUACAAUCGGGAUAGAGUCGUUCGAAAGCUUUCUCAAAGAGCUGGCGAGCUGUGUGCGGUCGCCUCCUAAGAGGACAAUCGGGCCAGACGUCAACUUCCGGAAGUAUGCCAGCUGGACGCCUUCCCAAUUACCGGCCGGCUCAAAGGCGGCCGCUCUGCCACUUGCAGUCCAGAGCACCUACGUCGCUGCGUCGAUCUUUGACUUGGCGCUUUCCUUGGGACUCUCACCUUCGGAAGCCAGCAUAGCGCCCAUGCUCUCCAUCUUCUCUAGGACUCUGUCCAGAGAGAUGUACACCCGGGCCGUCAAUCUUGCCCUGUCCUGCCUCAGCGGAAGCACCUUGGCUGAGGCUCAGCUGCUGGCUAUCGAGGAAAGAUCUCAACACACGAUCCAGUUGGAGAUGUUGAAACCAGGCGCCAUACCCUCUGCCGUGGCUACCACCAUUGUCGCUGGCUACGGUAGGCUCAGGGCCCCCAAAGUGGGCGAAGAUUUCCUUCGCUGGAGGGAGGCUGCCUCUGACGCGCCGCGGACCGUCGACACCUGGAAUGCGCUGAUCCGGGCAAGGUGUCUGUCCGGCGACCAGCGGGGCGCAUCAAAGAUCCUAAGUGACUUCCGAAAGGCUCUCCGUGAUGGUCAAGUGCCCCGACUCCGAUACCCUCGAAAGCCCAACGCACCCUAUUUCACUUAUCUCGAUGCCGUGAUGUCGAUGAGGAGGCCAAGGGAUGGCGUUCGAUCUGUGGAUCUCGCUCAACUACCUCGUCAGUCACGAUCCGAAGGCGUCCAAGCUGUGCUGAAAAUGAUGCGCGAAGAUGGCGUCGGCCUUGAGCCUCGGAUUUUGAACCUUCUCCUCGAUUUCGAGGUUGGUCAUCGUCGCAUCGAAGGAGCCGCCAGCAUGGUCUGGGACAUGCUGUCCAGAAAAGAUGUCAGCAAGAUCUUUCAUCGAGACGCCCAUUCUUUAGCAGCGCUCUUCCGCAUGUAUCGACUCCAUGACGGUCACGCUCCGUUCAAGCGACUCCUCGAAGCGUCCGCUGCGACAACUCCACUCCAAGAGGACAUUGUCUCGCUUCGAAAACUUUACAAGUUAGCACUAAGGGCCGUUGUCGCUCGCAGAGAGGGAGCUCAGCAGACGAUGAAGCUGCUCAACGAGGCACUCGAUGCAGCCUUGGUCCUCAACGACUUGCCCCUCGCCCUCGUCGCCCUCAGGUCGAUGGGUCGCUGGCAUCUCAAACCCGAUAUGCGCACGUGGCGAGCCAUUGCAGUUUGGCUGCGUGCUACCGUCUUUCCUGGUAACGUCGAUGCCAGUGAACUCGACGACGGCAGCGUGGAAGAUCUCGACGCGGAAAUUAACGACGAGGCCGCCAAGUCACGAGAGGACACCUUUCAACGAGUGUUUGACAGUCUUGAACAGAGAGGAGGCGUCGUCCGUCAACAGGACGUGACCAUCGCGACGUCGUCAAUAGCGCCAAUCUCCAACCUCAAAUAUCUCAUGGGCUUGGUCGAAGGCCAAAUUGAAAAGAGUGUCAACGAAGCCGGCUCGGAGGAAUGGAUCACCGAGGCCUGUGCGUCGUUGAAGAGCGCAGGAGCUUGUGGUCCCUUUUCCAAGGAGGCGAUCAUGGACGUGGUCAUGGCAAGGGUGAAUGCCGACGUCCUGCCCCGCAUGUAGAUAAUUCGCUUUUCUGUCAGCAUCCUUUUUGCAAC